GAUUGGCCACCUCUGACAUACAUAUUCAGCAUGCUGUUAGUUUUUCAUGAUAUCCUUCCUUCCCCAGAUGAAAUAUAACCUAGCAAACAGGCCUCUGGCAGGGUCUGACACACCUGCUGUUAACCAAACAUUUCAUAAAAACAGAUGCAGCUGCAAGUUUCUCAUCAGCCAAUUAUUUCAAAAGAGAUGUAUUGAUAUAAAAAUCUUGGAACUUUGAGUGACAUCGGCUUUGAAAACUGCUGGAGGGACAGUCAGCAGAUCUAUUUGGGUAGCAGACAGGGUAGGUAAGAAUCUGCCAGCUGAGCAUGCUAGAAAUGUCAUUCAGCAAACAGAUACUGGGCAAAUGUUAUGGGAUUUUUUCAAGGCCCACAUUAAAAUUCACAUCACUGAAACAUGCAAUUUAUAUUAACUAAAUUAGUUAUGACUUUUUAAUAUGUUGCUCUUGUAUUGUCUCUCCUAUCAUUGUAAAUUAAUUAUUUGUUUGUUUUAUAUUAUACAUUGCAGUUUAUCUGAAAAUGGUAAAGUGCUCUGUUUUUUCUCAUUUAUUUUGAAACUGUAACCUUAAAAGAGUAUUUAGUGAGGGCUGUGCUGCUAAACCCCAAAUGGAGAAGUGAACCGUCUAAACUUCCUCAUAAAACCAUGUGGCCAUGGGACAAACAGAACUGCAUAUAACUAUAUCUGGUAUCUGGUAUAUAUCUGCUAUUUUCUUGCUUAUAAAUAUGCAUUGGGUUUAGCACAAAUAAGUCAUGGAGAACAUCUGCAUUCCAGUUUUAUAUGAGAUUAAUGAAAAGCAUAUUUUGGACUGUGAGCUGUGGGGGUUUUCUUCAUCUGAACAUAAUAUUGUUUAAAUAGGAACAGUAGCUGAUUUGUAUGUAUAUGUAAACGUAAUUACUCGUUUUGUCAAUAGAUGUGCACAAAAUUUCUUGUGCAAAAAAAUGUCCUUAUUAAAACGUUUUAACGAAGUGAAAACUUCAAAAUGAAUAGUUCCUCCCCAUAAAAACAUGACCCCAAAGGGUUAAGAGUCAAUGUAGAAAUAGCCACAAGCAGAAGUUUGCUGCUGGAUUGUGAGAAUCUACAGACACAUGAAGUUACUUUGUUUUACAUGCUGUCUUUGUGCUUUAAAAGAUGACAUCUGAUAACAUUAAAAUGGCUCUUUUUCUAAAGUGGUUCAAACUCUGGCUCUUUGCACUUGGUUUCUUUCUGACUGAGGCUGUGAGACCAGGCUGGAUCUCCAGAACUAAUCCAUGUGAUGUCUCCGAGAUAAAAACAGAUGUUAUUUUUCACUGUGAGAAGCGCAGGUUGAAAGAAGUACCCAGUGAGAUAAGCAGAAAUGCAACAAUCCUCUACCUUUCUGAAAACCAUAUAAAAAACAUUUCCAUCAGUGACUUCCAUGAUUUGCACAAACUGAAGAAGCUUUAUGCUGGGUGGCUCAACAUGAAACAGGAAGUUCAAAUUCCUAAAGGGAUCUUCCAGAACAUGACCAACUUAAAUUACUUGAAAUUGGAUGGAAAUUGCCUUCAAGAUGUUCCAGAAAACCUCCCACCCAGUUUGCGAACUCUUUACUUGACAAGGAAUAAGAUAACUAAAGUCACUCAGUACACCUUCUCUGCGGUGAAAAAUAUAACAUACAUAGACCUCUCAAAAAACUGUUAUUACUGGAUGCCUUGUAAAAAAAACUUUUAUAUCCAAAAUGACAGCUUUUGGGACUUACCUAAGUUAAAAUUUCUGAACUUAUCUUUUAAUAACAUAACAAAUGUCCCACGCAAAAUAUCAGACUCAGUAGUAGUAUUACAUUUGAGUUCUAAUAAAAUACAGCACAUCUUGGAAAAUGAUUUUAGCGGAUUGACAAAACUAAAAGAACUCUAUUUGCAAGGAAACUGUCCUAGAUGCUACAAUUCACCUUAUCCAUGCAUUCCCUGUCCAAAUGGAUCCAUCGACAUUCAUUCUUGGGCAUUUAGAAAUCUUUCAGCCUUGAAAAUACUGCAACUUUCAGGAAAUUCACUGCACUCUCUCAAAGGCUCUUGGUUUGAAUGUUUACCAAAUCUUCGUGUGCUGCAUCUCUCCUUCAAUUUUUUAGUAGAUGAAAUAGCUCAUGGAAACUUUUUGAACUAUCUACCACAUCUACAGACAAUGAACCUAAACUUUAACUAUAACAGGAUGGCAUACCCUUCAACACUCAAUCUUUCAAAUAACUUUUCUAAGCUGGUGUCUCUUAAAUAUUUGCAUAUUGCAGGUUAUGUUUUUAAACAGAUUCGUAACGUAGAUUUAAAACCACUUUAUAAUUUAAAAAAUCUUUCUCUGUUAGACUUUGGGACAAAUUUCAUUGUUCAAACAGAACCUGGUGUGUUUUCAAGAUUUCCUAACAUAAAACUGGUAUAUUUGUCAGAGAAUAGGCUUUAUCCGAUUACAGGACAGACAAAGGCAUUGUAUGGCAUAGGAAGUGAAUCUAAUGACUUUCAGCUGCCUGCACCCCUGACAUACUAUCAAGAGGAUGAGGAUUAUCAAGAGGACCGCUUACCUGUGAAACCUGAAUGUUAUUCUUCUGGCCGUGUGUUGAGCCUUAGCUCAAACAACAUCUUCUUCAUCUCCCCUAAGCAAUUUGAAGGCUAUAGCAAUAUAUCCUGUCUGAACCUGUCAAAUAAUGGCUUUACAGCUGCUUUAAAUGGAACCGAGUUCAGUUCAUUGCCAAACCUGACAUAUCUGGACUUAUCUCACAAUAAGAUAGACUUGGCCUAUGACAAUGCCUUCAAGGAGAUGAAAAAAUUGAAAGUAUUAGAUUUGAGCUAUAACCCCCAUUAUUUUAGUAUAUCUGGAGUGACGCACAAUUUGAACUUUAUGCAGAACCUGCCUGAGUUGAAAAUACUUAAUCUUAGCAGUAAUAACAUCUUCACUUUAACUAGCAAAAAGAUGAUCAGCAACUCUCUGCAGGAGCUGCGAUUCCAGGAUAACUCCCUGAACAAAAUGUGGAAAGACAGGGACAACUCCUAUUUCGAAAUUUUCAAACACCUUGUAAACUUGACAAAACUUGACUUAUCCUACAACAAGAUAGACAAGAUACCAUUGGGAGUCUAUGAAAACUUACCACAGACAAUCAUUGAACUCAAUUUAAGACAUAAUGCUCUUAAAACUUUUGAGUGGGAUAAGCUGAUUUGGUUUAAAAACCUAACAAUUCUAGACUUAAGCUAUAAUCACUUAACUCAUGUAUCGGGGAAUAUUUCAGCCAUUACAAAUACUCUUUGCAUACUUAGACUCAAUAAUAAUAAAAUAUCACAGCUUUAUGGUGGAUUUUUGAGAAAUGCUAGAAGUCUUCAGCAACUUUACCUUGGCCACAAUAAACUUACAGUCAUCAAUCAGUCCACUUUCUUAUCCGGACCAAACAAUUAUUUGAAUUUGUUGCACCUGGAGGGCAAUCCUUUUUGUUGUACUUGCGAUGUAUUAGAGUUCAUCCUGUGGUUGAAAAAUGGUGACAUUAACAUCAACCACUUAGCUACGGAUGUCACCUGUAGAAUGCCAGAUCUACUGAGGGGCAAGGCUGUAGUCACCUUUGACAUCGAGCAAUGUGUAAAUAACAGUGAAGCAUUUCUUAUUUACUUUCUUUGUUAUACGUUUGUAUUCUCCUUUAUGGUGAUAGCUAUCAUGAUGCAUCUGUUUUAUUGGGAUGCUUCCUACAUUCUUCACUACUGGAGAGCAAAGAUUCAAGGUUAUCAUUACCUUGGGUCCAGUGGCAAUUCCUAUGAGGCUUUUAUCACAUACGACACAAAAGACUCCCACGUCUCAGACUGGGUCCUCAAUCACCUUCGCAUACAGCUGGAGGAGUGUGGAGAGAUAGCCCUGCCCAUUUGCCUGGAGGAGCGGGACUGGACGCCUGGAAGCCCCGUGAUUGACAGCCUUUCCCAGAGCAUCCGGCAGAGCCGCAAGACCAUCUUUGUUCUGACAGAGGCCUACGUCCAGAGUGGUAUUUUCAAGAUGGCCAUCUACUUGGCCCACCAGAGGUUGCUGGAUGAAAAUGUGGAUGUGAUCGUGCUGCUGCUUCUGGAGCCAGUGUUGCAGCACUCACAGUUCCUACACCUGAGGAGGAGGCUUUGCGGGAAGACCGUUCUGGAAUGGCCCCGGAACCCCUCUGCUGAGCCAUGGUUCUGGCAGUGUCUAAGAAACAUCAUCAGGGUGGACAACCAAUCCAUGUACAGCAAGCUCUACUCUAGGUACUUUACUGCCAGGGUGGAGAGUUAAGAGCAAGCCUCGCUUCGGCUCAGUCACACGUGGCAGCUGUAAUCAAUCAAGAAAACUCAAAACCAGUGCUAUUAUCCAAGAAGUGACACACUGAGCCUCAACACAACACAAAGCAGGACACCCGUCCAUGUGUUUCGACCAUUCCCUUCUGGACUGCUGUAUUAGAAUGACUUACUGUGUUAGCGAAAGCAAAUGUUAUGGUGUAAUCCAUGUGAAAUCAACAGCAUUAUCAUCUUCUUCUCUUAAUCUCAAAUUAGACAUUUACAUUUGUAUUGUGAUAGUUUGGCUUUCGCUUCAGUCUUGUGUACAUUAAAAAAUUACAGGUACAGGACUUCCCAUUUGAACAUUUUCCAUUGACAGUUUUGAUCAUUCAUGAGUUGGUGGUGAAUAAUUAAAGAGGAAUGUUUUUGGAGCCUGUCAAAAGAUCACAGAAACUCACAUAUGGCGUGUAAGCCAAAAACAAUACUGCAAAUGAUUCAGGUCACAUAAAACCAUACACACACACACACACACACACACACAGUGGUACCUCAGAACUCGAAUUUAAUCCGUUCAGAACUAAGGAUCGAAUCCUAAAAAGUUUGAGUUGUGAUCGAAUUUUCCC